AUGAGGGUUGGUGAAACCCUUCGGAGUUACGCCAGCCGGUAUUGGGAACUCUACAACGAGAUCGGUGGAGGGAAUGAGAAGAUAGCGGCAAGCACCUUCAAGAUGGGGCUCCCUGAAGAUUCUGAAUUACGGGAAUCGUUGACGAAAAGACCUCCCGAGGAUAUGAGGCAGCUUAUGAGGCGCAUUGAGAAGUAUAAACGCCUGGAAGAUGAUCGGCUACAAAAUAAGGGGAAAGCCCCGUUACUCGGGAGAUCUCGGCAGGGCUUUGUCCCAGCAAGAUCGAAAAAAGAUUUCAGGAUCCAAGAACCAGAGGCACAAAUUGAGGGAGUUAAUGUGGCGUUCAAAGAACCUGUGCACAAAAUUCUAGAUCGGAUUAAGAACGAGUCAUUCUUCAAGGACAAAGGGCACACCACUGAGCAGUGUCGGGUACUGAAAGAUCAUCUCAGGCAGUUAGUAAAAGCAGGGUAUUUGAAAGAGUUUGUAGUGGACUUCGUUGACCAAGAUUUCGGCCAGGGUGUUCAACAGAGAAGAAAUCCCCUCCCACCACCGCUGGGAGUGAUCGAAGUCAUCCAUGUUGCCCCGAGAGGUACGGCAGUAGCCAAAGGGGUACUGACAGUGGCUUGCACAGAAGGAGAAUCACCCAAGAAGAGGAUGAAAGUUGGUCGGCUAACCAUCUCUUUUGGCGAAGAAGACUUAUAA